AUGUCGAGCACAGUUCCUUCACUGUUACUUACUGGAUUCAAACAGGCAAGCCUAUAGUUGUUAUGCCACUGCCGUUUCGUUGUUUUGGAGCUGUCCUUACUAAAAGCUUGUUUAUCAGCCGUGCUGAAUAAAUUUAGACAUACAUUCCAUUAUUAUAAUUUGUUGCACAUUUUCCUUUUCACAGGAAGAAGUAACUUCCAAAGAGACACGCGAAUUGCAACGACGUAAGGUAAUGCUAGCAGUCUGUGGAAUGUGUUUUUAUUAAUAUAGAUACAUUUUAAAUACUCCAUCGUAUUUAGAUAAACGAGUCUGCCCGGCCAAAUUGAAUUGUAAGGUCUUGUUGGCCUAACCUAGAUUGGUUUUAUCGAUAGCGUCAAUGCCGUCGACCCCUUCCCCAACGCGAACUUGGAUCCAGCGCAAGUGACUGUGCAAGCAGUGGUGACGAAUGGCAACCAUCGCUAUCUCCAGCAUCGCAGGGAUUGCCGAACGAAAUCAAGACUGGAAGCCCUUCGCCCUCAGCUGCUUCAGGCGUACAAACAGACGAGUUAAAUGCAGCAAACGGCGUGUCUGCCUCCACCAACGCAUUUCAUGCGGGAGCGGUCAUGGAAGCAAACACCCCAGGUUUCUCCGUCGUCGUUUUGCGGUGUAACCCUCUGACUGAGCUCCAAUACCCCAAGCCUGAGACAGAAGACCCGCCUUGCGAGAAGCGCACUGAAGAUUUUGAAGGCGGUCGCCGUCCGUGUGAGUGAUCACUCAGUGUCUGUACUGUAUUUUUUGACACGGUCUUCAUAAAUCUCACAAUUAGAAACCUUUUUUAAAACCUUAUUAUACUCCUUCCUCGGGUAUUAGCUGUAGAGAUGAUGUGCUUCUCUAUCAAACGAGUAAAAGAGGGUAUAUUUUAGUCCAUGUUUCUUAUAAAGGAUAUUUGAAUUCAUAAGACCAUCGAAAAUCAAUGUGAAAAUGCAUGCUGCUGAAGUAGCCAUUUCUUACCGAGCACGAUUUCUACAUGAGGUUAGAAAGAAGUGUAUAUAAAAGCCGACAUCCUGCCAAGCCCGGAAUAUUAUAGGAUUAUGCCGCAUGAUAAGCAGUAUUACAACCCCACCUAAGUAAUCCAUCCUAAUCGAAAACGCAUUUCAGGAUUUCGACCAACCUUUCAUGAGAUCGGUCACUCACUUUACCAGACUAAUGCACGCUUUUUCACUUCAAGUUUCCUUAUACCCAUAAACUUGUCGCUCCAGGUGUGCGUGUGUAGGCGCUCAAGUGCACAAAGUACUGAUUUCCUUUCUGACGGGCGGAUCCUAUGGUAGUCUUUGAAAAUCUUGGCAUUUUCAGACCUUGGCGGUUGACUGCCAGCUGAAGUUGCCCAUUGAUUGUCCACUAGCGGGGAUCUGCGAUUUGAUUUUGCAGAGGACACUCGUGGUGGAGCUUAUCGUCCACGGUUUACCUCUUCUGCUCUGACUUCUGCCAUUUCUUUGCAAAGAAGACCUUUCAUGGCCUCUUCUCAAUCUAUAUCCUUCUGUCGCCAUUACCCCCUCUUUGAUUGCUAAGGAGUUUGCUCCACACUUUAUUUAAAUGGGCAGAGUGUCUUUCUGUCGCUGUAGCUGCGGCGCCGACCGCCUCAGCGGCGGACUCCUCUUCUUAUUGGAUGCCGUGACGUCAUCUUGUCAGUCUUAUUUUCGUACAUUUUGUUUUAACGGAGGAAAUUGAUUCUUUUAUCUUAUCUCCAGACUCAGCUUCCGUUUCGGCUCCGCAAACUCAUACGUGCGGAUUUUGUGGCGAUUCUUUUACACGAAGCGGCCUACUGAAGCGUCAUAUCGACUGUGUUCACAAAAGUACGUACCUUUUCCUUCACAGACUGACUGUUUCUUCUCAACUUCUAUUUCGGCAUGUAAUGUGUUAGCUUUCGUGCAGCUCUAGUUUAUGCUGCCUUGUUCUGUGGCCGUCCUGCCUGCACUGUGUCCUUGCUUCGAAAUUUCAGCGUCUAUACCAGUCGUUGAAGUAUAUUUCUUCUGUCCUGACAAAGGGGGUGAUGGUAGACCUGAUAAGGAUACUUUUUGUUUGAUGGCACCAGCUUGAGGACCAUUAAUUUUUUAUGUCAUAUCUACCUACUUGCCUCUAGCUCUUGUUAUUUUUCCUGCGAAUAAAGGACACACUUAAGAAGGACAACGUCGGCGAAGGCCGCUCACUUCGGGACUUUUGUUGUUGUACAGCCUCCGCACUGUAUCGACGAUUUCUCCCUCACAGCUAGGUCACACAAAGGCGCGUAGACUUGAGUGUGACAAAACUCCGCUGCAGAGGAAAGUGAGAUCGUGAUGGGUUUUUCGCCGAAUUUGAAAAGGUACCCGAAAGGCUCACGUCAGCGAUCGGUCUUUGCCGAGUUGUCAGCAAUAAGGUCAACAUUCAUAUCGCAAACUCAGUCACCCAGUACAGAGGGCUUACCACAAACUUGUUGGAUAACUUGGUAGUUUUCGAGUGUCACCAAUGUUCGAGGCCUGCUUUGUGGAGGUCUCUUUUACAGCCUAAUAUUUCUGCCGAUGAUGCCUACCCGACUUUACUGCCAUUUUUCGUAGUUGGGGGCGAAAUCAUCUUUGCGGGACUUAGCUCGGGCUGUCUGAGCAGACAACCGUACGGUUCUUCUAAUGAUACAGCCACCGGAUGCCGCCCAUCGCUUCCAAGAGUUUCAUCUGCUGUCCCAUAGACGGAUGACUUAGUAAUAACCGUUGGCCACUGCCUUCCCCGUCGAUUCGGGUCGUAAAACGAGACCGGAUUUCUGUGUUCAGGGCCUCGACGGUACCAGGUUGUCCAAGUUUUCCGAAAUCAAGGCGUCUUGCAUGCAUCAGUUGGGGAUGCGGAUGAGAGAUGAACUUUAAAGCGUUUGCGAACGAAGACAUAAUUCAAGGCAUGGGAGUUGCCAUUUUUGGCAUCUUGCAUUGAUCUGCCAUCAUAAACUUUGCUGUGGGACCUUGUACCGACUAGAUCAGAUUAACCGCUUGGUGGUCAUCUGGAUGCCAAAACAACGGAUGUAGUACAUGUUGAGGACAAAUAGUCGGUUCUGAUCAGCAGAGUCUAGCAUUCUCUCACCAUUGUCUCAUCGAAAGCCAAACCGGAAGUGGCCAAUAAUGUAACUGUCUAAGAAGUCGUUGAGUCCCGUCCGGCCAUUCCAGCCCCCUGCUACAAUCAGCAAAUCAAGGCGAGAGUCUUUCAACAAACUCAUGCAGUUGUGAGUAGGUUUCUUUGUCGCGCUGGUCGGCAGUUGACAUUGGUGCGUACACAAAGACAACGGAAGUGUUCGUUAGGUGACCUUCACUCGCAUGUUAGCCACCAACUUAUUGACUGGUUCCCAUGGAAGUAAUGCGCGGUUCGCUUGUUGCGAUUGGUCAUGGUUGCAUGGUCCCAUUGGUACGGGGUUAUGUGAGAGUUAACUCUCGGAAGCGCCCGAGUCGGGGGUACAGUCUUCGGACAGGUGGAAAACAUCUACGCUUUACUGAUAACCGCAUGACGUCAGACUUUGGGUACCAGGGUCCGGGAACAUCGCACAGUUCAGCAUCCAAUACCAAUAGUACGUCGCCGAUUGAGUAGUCCUGCUUGCACACUAUUCGCCAUCACCAUUGGACCAGGGUUCCGGAGCGCACCGGUUAUCGUGGACGCCGUAGCAUGGUCCGUAAUACUUGAUUCAGAUAUUUCACUAGUGGAGUCCUCAUUUCAUCGAAUGCUUUGAUGUCAACCUGCCAGUUUUACUUCCGCAGCCAUAGCCAAACGUUGGGUCUUAUUUCCCUUACAGACCUGCUAGAAAAUACGUGCGAGUUUUGUGGCAAGGCUUUCGAACGAAGCGGCCUACUGAAGCGGCACGUCGACUGUGUCCACAAAAGUACGUACCUUUUCCGCCAAUAGUUAACAGUUUUUCUAUUUAAUUUGUGUCAAACACCUGUUGUUUGUAUUUUUCGGGGCAGGUCACGCAAAAAGCCAUUGAACAGAAGACUUUCUCGUUUUCAUUUUAGAACUGCGGCCGUUUGCGUGUGAGACCUGUGGCGUGGCAUUUUUCUUGAAAGGAGGUCUGCAAAAACACAUCGACAUAGUCCACAAAAGUACGCCCCAUUUAUUUUAGUGAUUUACCGUUGCUGACAAUUAACGCACCCAAAAACGCACUGUCUGUGCUAGCCUCUGAGACCCUUCAAAUUGUUAUUCUCUGAAUUAUCAUAACGGCCGGUUGGAUGUACCUCAGGCCGUUCUCAAGGCCAAAGUUCGAGCACUUGAUUCACCGCGCAAUCAUCCCCGUAUGCUUACAGGGGAUAUACCCAGAAACGUGCAGAUUGUGUAAAUAGGACCAGACAUCCGUGUAUCCGCCACAAGAGAAGGUCACUCGUCCGUCCUAAUUCUUCCAUGUUGCAAUCUUCAAGGCCCUAAAUAUCACCAGCUACUGCCUACAGGAAUAUAUGUCCUCCGGAGGCCAGGAUCCUGACCAAACGAUCAUGGCCUGCAUUCUAGUUCAUCCGUGCAUAUUUAUAGCAACUCAGGCGGCAUGUCACCGACCCCGUCAAAUAAAUGGUUUUUAUGCUGCUUGAUUUACCGUGCUGCUUUCAUUGUUAUUUCAGCUCUUCGUCCUUUUGCGUGCGAGAUUUGUGGCAGGAACUUCGCGGAGAUGAGGCGCCUGAGGAAUCACAUCAAUCAUAUUCACAAGAGUACGUUUCUGCUGUUGUUCAGCUUAUUCUGAAUCGCCACUUUUGUGCUAGUCUCUGAAGACCUUACACGUUUUGCUCUGCGCUCAAUGAGGCAUUUUUGGUCUGAUUUUCCAAUAGCAGGAUUCACCCGCGCCUAUGGGUAGGGAGACGACAUUUACUGGUGUUGCUAAUAACAAAGGUUAUGAGGGAUGAAGAGUCUUCGGGCAAGGAAGCAUCAAAUGUACCGAACGUGGAUUUUCUGGAGAUGGCCUUACCGAGACAAGUAUUUCCUCCAUGACUGGACAACAGACCUCAGCUGCCGCGCCUACCAGAGGACGGCGCGCUAAGGCCAAGUAGAGCCUACUGUGAGACGCAAUCUAUGCGACCGCCGUAGAGACUCUUGGAUCACCGUGGAGACGAUUUGGGGACUGGUCCGACUUGUGGAUUCGAUGUCUACUGCCCAAGGGGUCAGUUGAACCCUCAGAACAAAAAGCCACCAUCAGGAGAAAGUCCAGGUGUUAGCGGAUUUAAAAGAACUGAAAGAUUUUCUUGCGGCAGUUUGUUGUCGCGUAUGCCCAGGUCUGCUGUCAGAAAUCUGUGAUGUUGCACGCCCUUAUUGAAGACUGUCGGAGCAACUUUGACGGCAGAUUUUCAGAAUGCAGGAAUGCGAUCAAAAGAAAGAUUCUAAAGGUAAGCAGUCACCAAGAAAGUAGGCUCACCUGAGCCCCGGAUUCGACUGGGAUGGGUGUCGUCGUCACUAUAUAGAAACAAGGUCAACUUCGGCUGGGCAGCCACGCCGUCAGACGAGUGUCCGCCGUUUAGACUAUUGCGUGAUCAGGACAUGAGCUACGCAACCAACGUCCAACCCCCUCUGGCAUGCUUUCAUUGGCAAAGCGCAUUCAGAGUUACCGUAUGAAGACGACAACUUGAGAAACACCCUGUCGCAGGCCCGUAAUCGAACUCCCGCUGCGAUUUACGGCCUACCAUGGGUCACCACGAGAGGACGUUAGACGCAGCGAAGUCUAGGCCUCACACGCCGCUCCUGACUUUCACUCCAACGGACCCGCAAUUUGUUUUGACUUUCCUCCGUAGGCCGCACCACCUGUCUGAAUUCUAGCUUGACCAUCCGCUCUGCCCAACAGUAACCCCCAAAUAAAACUGUCCAGCGUAAAACAGUUGCUGCUGCGUUCAAGUCGUGAACGCAAACUGGCGGUGAAAUCCAGCGUCGCUUGCAGCAAAGUGCUGGGCGUUAGUGUGCCUAUGUCGCAGAUCGCAUUUUGCGGCGAUGCCUUUUACUCCUGUCCGGCUGCUGAUCGGCUUGCAUCGUAAUGGCAUAGAUGUUGAGAUUUUUGGGCCAGCAGUUUCGCUACACCCGUGGUUGAAGUCUAGUUAGGUAAAGCUGUUUUUGUUUGUCAGGAUGAUGUUUGGAUGACUUAACGUAGACGCCAAUUCCAUUAGUCAAAUGCAAGGUUAUCCCAGGAGAAGUUAUUUCAGUCUUUUGUCAUUUUAUGUUGUAGAGCUGCGAGAGUUUUCGUGUGAGAUUUGCGGCAAAGCCUUUACACAGAAAGCAAGCAAGAAUAAGCACAUUGACACUAUCCACAAAGGUGCGUUUCUUCUCCUCCCCGAGGACCUGCAGGUUCAUUUAUGUAACGAGUUUGAUUUGAAUGUCGUUUCGGCUUCCGCCUGACGGGCUUGUUUUUCUGCUUAUUUGCGAUGAUCACUUUGCCUCUGGAAAUUUAAUCGACUGAACUGCCUGAUGCCCUCUCACCCUCCAUGCUUAUGCGCCGUAGGUUGUCUUCUUCCUACUGUAUCUCCCCAUUCAGUGCCAGCCUUAGAAGGGGCAGCGUCUGUCUUCAGUUCACGCAUGUCGCUCGCUACCCCUUACGCAGGGACGGUCCUACAUUAGUUCGUAGGACGUAAGUUAUGACUAUCCUAAAAGCGCAGUGGUGAAUCGCGCGUGAAUUGAUCUUUAGUGUGGUCGGCUUGCGCAGCAUUUGCCUCGCCGUUUUCACCCACGCCAGCAGCUUUGUAAUGGGAUGACAAGUGAGAGCGACUGGACGCGGACGCGAAGACUGGCGAGUCCUAAGCCGCAUCUACACGUGCUGGCCCUUACUCCGUGCGACAGAAUCUUCGAUGGGGGAAUUUCGACCAUCAUGCAACUGUCAGAUGCCCUAAUGACCUCAUUUUGAGUGAGCCAUUGCGGCAUCACUGGGUUCGGGGGGCGGGGGAGUUAACUUACUUCGUCAGUCGACACCCAAAGACUAGUAGCUGGUCGUGAGCUCCCUAAACCGCGUUUGGUAAUUUAUGUGGGGGAGUGGAGAAUUAUAUAGUAGGUAUCCGUUAAAUAGAGUACAGUAGUCUCUCGCCAUAUCGUGCUUCGCCAUUCGUGACUUCACUCAAUCGCGGGUUUUAUAUACAAGCAUAAUUAAAAAUUAUCACAUAUUUUUUGUUGGUUCGCUGACCUAUGUGGACAGUGGGCGUUUUUAUUUCUGGCGCAUGCUUCCUCAACUAGUUUGCCUAAUUGGCACCUUACCCUGGCUACGAUUGACCGAAGGCUAAGAAGCUACUCCACUACAGUAUGCGGUUAAGUAUCCUGGGCGCUGAUUGGCUCGGCGAAGGAGAACAUUAUUAACUUCCGCUUUGCGUUAGCCAGCAUCUUCCCUCACUCAUUAAACAAAAACCUGCUAUGCUGCGCAACGUUUUAACUUUUGUGCGUAUCUUUCAUUUUUUCCUGCGCUGUCAAGCCCUUCGUUGUGCCACGAACGCUAUCUACUUUAUCUACUUUGUUUAAAACAUAUUGAAUAAACCUCAAUUAUAUUGGAUUUCUAUACUUCUACAUAGUAUAUAAAUAGUGCAUUUGCGUGUAUAUUUCAAAUUAAACUUACCUUGUCACGUAUUAGAACAUAGAGGGCUUAUGCUUCCUAACCGCUUGAGAAACGUGGGUUUAUAAGGGCUUCAAAUGAGUAAAAAUUACCAAAAAAGUAUGUAGUCUUCAAUUUGCGGAUUUUAACUUUUCGCGGGGGGUCUGGAGCGCAAUCACCGCAACCAGAAGGCAUCCCUGCAAUCCAGAUAAAAGCAGUUGGCGAUAAGACCGGCUGGAGUGAUUGGCGAAGGCUCCAUCUAACGGGUGUCGCACGCAUGCGUGCUCGCGACUUUGUGUUAACGUACGACACGCCAUGUACGCGAAUCGCUCAGGGCAGCCGUAUUACGGCAUGAUUUUCCAUAGUCCAUCGCGAUUCCUCCACGAAAGUCUGCAUCUCCUGGCACUUCACUUGUAUUUGGCGUCUGAACUGUUGCCUGGAUCAGGCGCGCUACAGGGCCUCUCCCAUCGUCCUGCCCAAUCCGUUACCUGGUAAUUCGAAAGGGUACAUGGAACUGUCUAUCUUCCGAUGCGACAGCUGUCGCGGACCUCGAUGUCCACCAUGUGCCCCACCGAGUGAUCCCAAUUUCAGGUACUUGGCUCUGAUUGCAAGGCAAUGUCAAGACUGGUUUCUGGGGCCGUGGUUGAUAGUGUGCCAAUGCUUGUCACACACGACUCGGUUCCCAUUGCAUGUGCCAGCGUUCUGUAGUGGGGGCUCGUGUUUCACACGCGUGAGAGUAUCAUAAGGACUACAUUAAGUAGCCAUUGCAGUCAGAAUUUUCCGUCCCUCAGUGAAUCGAGUUAUCCUCUUAGUUGGCAGCCUUCCGAGCCACGACUCUCUACGCGUUGUGAUAGAUUGAAUCUAGUUUAGCUGAAGUAUGCGCUGAAGUGCCGUGAGGAUCGAUUCCCCAGUGUCGGCCUCUGCGACUGCCCCAGCCCCUCAACCGGCUGGUGAUGCCCUUGGACACAUUUGCGUAGAGACCUGUAUUUACUCGCGCCACUCCCCUCCCCCAUGUCCAUUUGUGCCUGCGCGGUUUAUUCGCCAGCAGGUUAACGCAUGCCGUGUGCCAGUCAUGUCUUCUGGGUUUUCUCCACCAGAGGCGAAACACGAAGGACGACACACAGAGAGCUAAGUGAUCUCAUUGGGGUCUUACACGAUAGACCCAGAAACGUGCGAAAUACGCAUUUAAGAUUACGUAUAUACACCUCUGCGCUUAACCAGCUGACAGGGCAACUCAGAUGCCCCACUUGGCUAUUGGACGUUGCUGUUGGGAGUGCCUACACUCCUAAAAACAAGAGUCAGCCAGUCACUGGAUGCUUAAUACACGUUUUUGUGGCCGGUCGCGUUCUCCUUCUCUGUCGCGCUGGUAUUGGGGACAAGAGUCGGGUGCGCAUACGCUCCACGUGACUUCAAAGUACCAGGCCGGAUCAUAACAGUUGCAGUGUUCUGCCUCGAAAUCACCACCUGAUGUCUACAAGGACAUAUAUUUCCCACCUGACAUACCUUUUAUUUCACCUGCACAUAUUUAGAGCCACUCGAGAGACGCGUCAUCAAAAGCUUUGUUGUUAUUUUAGCUCUGCGUCCCUUCUCCUGCGAGAUUUGUGGCAGAAACUUCGCGGAAGUAAGACACUUGAGGAGUCACGUCGAUCAUAUUCACAAAAGUACGCUUCUCUUUUUUUGCUGUUGUUAAGUUGAUUCAGAAAUGCCAUAUUCAUGCUUAUCUUUGAAAGCCCGACAUUUGCGCUGCGUAUUGUUGCACCAAAUGGUUCGCUAAGGCAUUUUUGGUUUGAUUCUAUCAGCUUAAGGUGCAUUGAUUUUCACAUCCCUCACAACAAACGUCAGUUUUAAUUCACCAACUCCUGUGUUACGGAGAUAAGAGUUCUCCCGGACUUGUUGAUGAGCACGUCGAGUUUUGGAUUGACCAAUGUCUAUUAAUUUCGAAAAUGAAUCUCCGGGCACAAGCACGCCGUUCUCCUCGGGAAAGAAGGACUCUAAACGGACGUACCUUAGCACUCCCAGAGAAGACCCUUCGCAGACAAGUGUUUUUCCAUGACGGGGCAAUCGCUUCAGCUACUGCACCGUCAAGAGGAUGAUGUGGGAAUCAAGUAGAGUCCAAGGGGAGACGCAAUCUGUACAACCGCCGUUGAGUUCUUUUGAUCACCAUCACGACGACCUGAGAAGUGGUUGAACUGGUGUAAAACUAGAUGUCCUAAGAGGUCAGCUGAAAUCCUGUAGCGGCCAGCCAUCAUGACAGGUCUGGCGUCAUUGUUAAAGACCUCGCUGCCUCGAGGUCAUCCAGCCCUUACUGCGAGCUGUUCCAGACGUGCUGACCUGAAGCCACUCGACCGACUUUAGCACGGACACAAUUGUGUCCCCACAGAGUCGCAACUGCCCAUGAACCACUUAGACGCGCCACCCCCCUGCAGCCAACACCAUAAGCCACUGGGACACCAACUCCCAGCAAAUGCAGCACACACCUAUUGGAGACCACUUGAGAUUGGCCCACGAACCUAUUAAAGCGGCUGCCACCGAUAGCUCGACGGUCGAGUUCGGCGAUGUCCACCGUGUGCUCCACUGCAAGGUGAGAGCAGGGACGGUGACUUGCGCGUGAAUUAGUUUAUAGUGAUAGUAGACUUGUGCAGCGUCUACCACACUCUUUCCCAUUCCCCAUCUGGACCCAGUGUCAAGACAGAGUCAAGAAGACCGGAGGUGGGGGGAGGGAGGCGCAGGCGGAUCGUACAGUCGAGCCCGCACCUUGGCGUUCCACUCCACACCACCGGGUCCACGCGGCGAAUGACCAGGUUUUUGACCGACAACAACAACAGCAGCACUCCAACAGGGGCCACCACUGUGUCAGGGACUCUCAGCCAUGGCUGGACGCAGUCAACACCAGCCCUAGUUUUGCCAGUGGCCAUUUCGGCCAACAUGGGAUUUGGCUUGAUGAGUACACACUCACCGCCCGGCUGCCACAAUCCACCACAAAAGCCGCCGUAACUAAUUGUCAUCACCUACGACAUGUUGCUGUUAGCGAAAUUCAGUGUCCCGACCGACUUUGUUGAACACUUUCAGAUCAUCUUUGAUAGCAAAGGUUCAGCAGCCUGUUACAAGUCGACCUGCAACUGUAUUAUCGUCUAAUGCUUUAGCCGAUUCACUUUUGAGUGACGAAUUAUCGGUUGCGGGUAUGCUUCUCUUGAAGAUAUACAGGCCUUAAAACAGGGCCUACUGAUUCAUCUGCUUCAGAAGGUUUGGAGUUAACCGCACCCCUCCAGGGGCUUUAAUAGCGCUAUUCCCGGUUAUCCCGAAAGUCAACAAGUCCUCAGUCAUCUUCGGAGACUUUAUGCAUUCAACAUCGCGCUGAAAAUCAUCAAGGACGGUCUUUUCGAUAACUGGACUUUACAUGUAAAACCGAAACUACUGGCACCCUUGACGUGCUCUUCGUCACUCGUCAAGACCCACAGGUUGGCCCUUCCACCAAAUCCGUUUUUUACACAGAGCCCGUCGACACGGUGAGUCGAAGUGAACUCCUUGGGAUAAUCACUCCGUUUGUACGUCAAUAAAGGUUCACGCAAAACCGGAGGCAUUCCAAGAUUUCAUUCAGGACCACUUUGUCAGUAGCGCAUGGGUCCUAGGUGUCUUCACUGUGGUGAUCUGGGUGAGGCCGAGUUGCCGCCGCCACCACCACCAAUACCACAAUCACCAAUACUACCACCACCGACACCACAACUACCACCAUCAACCUCACCACAGGCACCACAAUCACCACCAUCACUACCACCACCAACACCACAACCACCAACACCAAAACCACCACCACCACCAACAUCACAACCACCACCGGCAGUUCGACCGUCGUGCCCUACGACGUCCAUGGCGUGCUCCACAGCAAGGUGAAACAGGCUGAGGAAGAGCGCUGGUGGCGCGGCUGGGCCCGCACCUGGGCGUGCUGCUCCACAGCAGGGGGGGGGGGGCGGCUAGCAUCCCAAUUGCGCCGGCAACUGGGCCUGCCACCGCACCUUGAAUUUUGACGUCUGUUAUGUUGCGCCUUCCGAUAACACCCGCCGGAAUCCAACGUGGCCCCCAUUUUUGUCCAGCGCAUCAACCGCGUGGCCCGUUUGGGAUGGCACCACCACCAACAACAACAGAACAGUUGUCAUAAAUAAAUCGACGUCCGCAGUGGUCCGCUGAAUCCACGGUCGUAACUCAUCUCGACGCUGCUGGAGACAAGUGCUCUUACGUGGACAACACCGUUUUUGGGAUCGCCGAAGUCUGCGGUGGUAUUGCAAUCUAACCAUCCAAGAUUAACUAUAUCCUCGUCAGGCUCCGAGCUUCAGUACGGAACCACCAUCACACCUUCGUCAACAGCAGGCUGAAGAUGUAAAAGACCGUAUUGCUGACUACGCUGAUCUACGGCGACCGAAUGUGGACCGUCCAGCAGUCAUAAGCCGUCUUUUAUGGGACCCUGAGGGUGAAGCGGCACUAAGAAGGUUUGCACAUCUAGAUCCUAGAGUCGCUCCAGAUGCGUAGCAUCGUCAAUAAGGCAAAAGGAAUUCAACCUCAUUGGAAUAACAGCUUCGUCAGCCUGUUAGGUGGAUGUCCUAUUUGCCGACUAUCCUGUGAGCACGUUGCUACCAUGACAAGCAGACGAGGACGGUACGACGGCACCGUUGUCCUCCUGCUGCGGUCGGAGCCCUCGCAUGGAUCAGUAUGAAAGGGUGCUCGACGCAGCAAAUGCGAGGCCUUUGUCCACUCACGCUGUCCCCAACCACCACUCCAACGUGUACAUUUUUGGCGGGGAUAUCCAGCGUCAGUUAGAGCAAAGUACUGGGCCUGUCUGUGUGACUCUGUCGCAAGUCGUAGUACUCGCUGGCGCCUUUCUCUCUUGUCCGGCUGCCGCAUGGUCUGAAUUAAAGUGGGGCAACUGCAGAGACUUUAUAGGCCGGGAGUCCUGCUUCACUCGCCGCCUAGGUCAAGGUAGGUAAAGCUGUUUUUUGUCAGGAUGCUGUUUUGAUGAUCUAAUGCGCGCGCCUAACUGCAUUCCCCGAAGAAUUAGUUUCGGUCUUUUACGAAUUUAUUCACUUUCUGAUUUGUGUUUUAGAGCUGAGAGAGUUUGCGUGUGAGAUUUGCGACAAAACAUUUACACGGAAGUCAAAUUUGAAUAAGCACAUUGACGCCAUCCACAAAGGUGCGUUUCUUUUACUCGGGGACUUUUAAUCUCACUUCUAUCAUGAUUUUGCUUUAAAUACAGUCGCGACUUUCGCUUGACCGGUUUUCUUUUGCUGCUUAUUUUCGAUGAUCAGCUAGUCUUGUUGGAAAACGUAAUUGACUGAGGUCCGGCGCCAUUCCCUUCACCCUCGGCGUAGACAGUGUCCUCCACGCCUAUGCGCCAUAGGUUGUCAUCUUUCUAAUGUAUCUCCCCUUUCAGUAUCAACCUUAUAAAGGCCCGUAUCUCUUGAAUUUACGUAUCCUCACGUCACUCCAUACGCAGGGGUCGGCCCUGCAUUAGUUGGUCCAACGUAAUUGAUGACUGUCCUUAGGACGUAGUGGUGACUUGCGAGUGAAUUGAUUAGUAGUUUGGACGACUUACGCAGCGUUCGCCUCGCCGUUUUCACCCAUCCCCACAGCUUUCUUAUAAAGUGAAAAAGUGAGAGCGGCUGGGAGUGGGCGCGGGUGUGACGACUUGCGAGUUCGAAGAUUCAUCUACACACGCCUUAUACGUGCUGGUCCCGACUUCCUGCGAUAAGGUUCUCGAUGAGAGAAUGCCGGCAAUCAGGAUACUGUGAGAUACCAUAAUGGCCGCAUUUUGAGUGAGCCAUUGCGACACCACUGGGUUUGGAGGAGGAUUAAGUUACUCCGUCAGUCGGCACCCCACGACUAGUAUCUGGUCUCGAUCUCUCUGAAGGAUGUUUAUUGUGUUUAUUUGGAUUAGAGGCUGGUCAAGCGUCGGAUUUAUGUUAAAUUACGAAGUCUGGAUCAAGCGAACCGGCGAUAAAACUGGGCUCCUCAUCGUCGGCUCACCUCUCCGCCUUAUCGCCGCUGUUUCCAGCAGCGUCAGCGUCGGAGCCCUUUUCUGAUUGGAUGCUUUUUAGUUAGCUGGGCUAUUAUUUUACUAGCUGUCGCUUGGCUGAAUAAGUUUCGGGUUGUUUCUUUCUCUAUUUAGGUCUAGUCCCCCCUCCAGCUCUGCGAAAUCAUACUUGCGAGUUUUGUGGCAAGACGUUUACACGGAGCACCCUACUUAAGCUGCAUAUCGACGGUGUGCACAAAAGUACGUGCUUUUUCCCUCCCUAGUGGAUAGCUUUUCUUCAACUUCUACUUCCCCUUGUAAGUGAUUGGACGAUAUUUGCCUGUGCUGGUGACAAUCAUUUUUGCCGGAGUACCCUGUAAUUCAAUUACCGACCACAAGGACUUACGAUGGACGCAAUCGGACCCUGCGGUGAAGUAAACUAGGUGCCGGGUAUGGCUGACUGACUUACUGAUGGCGGUUAAGGCAUCCACAAGUGGCCGCCCAGUCUCUCAUGUCUUGGUCGGUACUUCUUCCACAGUGCAUGGUGGAAGCCUUGUCGUGGAGACUUUAGGAAAUGACUUCCAGACAGUAUUAUUCGUCCAGAUCAAACUGUUAGUCUUGCAGAUCGCAAAUUUGUGGAUUUGGACUAGGCGAGAGGUUGCAGGUGGAACCGACUUGGGUUUUAAUAGACAGGAGUGACUAAGAACUGUUCUGCUCUUAUUUGGCUUCCAGUCGUAAAGGUGCCCGACGCCAAGGCGCCGUAACUCACGGCCUACAGCCGCCUUAUAGCGGAUUGGCAGUCACUAGUUUGUCUAAACCAGCUCCCAAUGUUUGGGCAUUUUUGUGCGGUCCACGCAAAACCCGUCAAACUGAUGACCUUUUUAUUUUCAUUUUAGAACUGAGGCCGUUUCCGUGCGAAGCCUGUGGCAAGGCAUUUAUGUUGAAGGGAAAUCUCAAGAGACAUAUCGACGCACUUCACAAAAGUACGCUCCUUCCCCCUCUCGGUAGUCUGUCGUUUCCAUUCUGUGCCAGUUUUUAAAACUUUUUCAAGCUGCUCAUCUUUAAAUUCAGAGUAGUAGUGCGUUGACUGUCUCAUCGUUUAGGUUCGUUGGCGGCGGCUUGUAGCGUUUGUCAGUUUUUACUUCAAAAUGAUAUGCGCUUGUUGUCCAUGUCCUUGAUGGUGCAUUCAGUUCAGUCUUAUUUAAGUGUUGUGUGGGUGUUUAGUCCUUAAGCUCCCUAUUCGUUACAAGCUGGGGAAGUAUAUGAAAAAGAUGGGAACGUAAGCAUCAAACAGGUACAGAGGAAUUAUCCCUGAACGCUUUUUACUUUUAAUUCCCAGUUAUCUUUUCGUUUAAUGACAGUGCAUAUGCUCUGUUGCCUAUCCGAGAAAAGAACUUUCAUCUUUAGGUAUGUGACCCUCAACCGAACCUAAACCAGAUAUUCAGUCCUCGUAUACUACUUGUACUUUGUACGGCCGUGAUCAUGCCUGAUAUAGUCGGCCUCAAUGAAGUCCCUAACUGUACGUCUCUACGCGGAACAGUCCACGGCAGCAGAUCUGGACAGUUCGACUUCUUCUCUUUGCCAAGAACGGAGACUAAAUAUCGAAGGUCCAGAAACCACUUCCAUGUCUUGUCGAACUGUGUCGAGCCAGGAUUUGUGUUGACCCCCUCUCCGACGCCUCCAGCGGGAUAACGGUGCCGGAUCUAGGGCAAUAAUAGUGAACUCCUGAGAUGGACAACGAAGAGCGUGCUUAAGUCACCUCAGUCGUCUUUCUUGGAUGGUCUUGGUUAUCCGUGCGAAGUUGUCCCAGCCAGUGCGGACUGUUCUGUUUGAUACGAAAUCGGUGUACUUUCCUCGAAGGAUAGUCCUCAAUCCGUGUUGGUCAAAUACCUCCCGUCGUCACUCGUCCUCCACGCGGACAGUCUAGCAUUGACAACCAUAGAAAGGGACAGACCGGACGGGUGAACGGUACACGCGAAUUUUAGUCGUGGUGGCGAUGUUGCUUUGAGUGGCGCCUUUGAAACACCGUUCCUUCACGCAAUCUGCAAUAAACAAGCUAAAGAAACGACUUCAGUAGCGAGUGUGUUGUAGAGAAUGUUGUCCGCGGACAAUAUGAUUUUACUGGUGAACAGCAGUCAGCACUUCUAGGAAAAACGAGGGACCCAAAAUUAUGCAGUAGGUUAAUGGAUGGUUGGCUGUGACUUUACCCCUGCCACUGUCUCAUGGAAGUCAUCGCGCCGUUUAAUGGCAACUUUGUUGGAGUCAGAAUUAAGUUUAAUCACGAGCAAUAAUUCCUCCUUUUGUGACCCCUUAGUGUAGGCUGCUGCAGGGUUCACUAUCGAAUGGGAGGCGUAGCUACUUGCUAUCAUUGCUUUAACUGGCCCAUUUGUUUAACAACGGGACGAUUUCGACGGAAUUAGAUCCAACGACAGUGACUGCAGGGCGUGAUUUCCGGCAACGCCCUAACCACCUGAGUUACGAGGCCACGACGGAGAGCCUUUUCACGUUUGGGCUACUUUGCUCACAGCCAGCCUACUUUAUCGCAUGAAAUUUAGCAAUUGUAAAUCGGGACAUUCGGAGCACAAGAUAUACUUGAGCCAUUCCGUAACUGUUCUGGGUUCGAAUUCCCUCCGAGUUCUUCACAAUUUGGUAUACAGUGUAACUAUCGCAGUCUGCCAAAAUCAUUGAAUAGGGAAGUUUGUGGCACUGUGAUAUUAGCAUGUUUGUACCAGGAAGCGUAAAAUUACCUCUUUCACCGCGAUUUUUUCCUUCCAACCGACCUUCUAGAAUCCUCUGAAGAAUGA